AUUUAAUUUUUAGUUUGGAAGUUAAUUAAAGAUAGGAAAUAAAGAGCAAUGAUAAUCUAUUUUUAUGGAAUGAAUACGGUUUGGUUGUUUGCAUUGUCUGUAAUGAUUCUUCCAGCAAACGGAGCUCCAGACAUUACAAAUCUUCCGGCGACAAUAGAUAUAAUAGAGAGUAAAACAGCCUCCAUUGCCACAGCGGACAUUCUAUUUACUUUAGCAGUAACGGACAAUGAAACCUUUACGUGUAAUGUUCAGUCAACUACACCUGCUCCUACGGUACCAGCCUUCAUCGUUAAUGAUGAUAGUGGAACGUUUAAUGUGUAUCUUGCCAAAAAUCCAGGUUUUGAAUAUGACACAGUUAGUUCCUACACAGUUAUCAUUGCAUGCACAAAUGCCCUACCAGAAACGGCAUCAGCAACACUUACCGUUGACCUUACUCCUAACACACCUCCUACUUUCACUGUGUUACCUGUAACUAAGAGCUUACCAGAAACAUCUCCUAUUGGAACUAUAGUGGAAACUCUGACAGUAACGGACACAGAUGAUUUCACAUGCAUCAUUACUUCUCAAAACCCCAAUCUUGGCAUAUUCAACAUGGUAGAAGUCGGUACCAAUCAUGAGAUUCGUUUAGCCAGCAGCUUAGACGCUUCAGCAAAUUCUGCUCAUACUUUGACAAUAACAUGUCAAGACGAUUGGGGAUCUACAACAGAGACAUUGUAUGUCACGGUACUUGCCAAUACACCACCCGCGUUUACAGGUUUGCCUGGUUCCGUGUCGGUGAAUGAGCAUGACACUGGUGGAAGUAGUAUUUAUACGAUCGCCGUCACUGACUCGGAUUCGUUUACAUGUAGCAUCGCCACAACACCGACAACAUCUGCUUUUUUGAUUGACACAGCAAAUAAAAUCAAUCUCAUUGCUGGUCAUGGGUUGGACUUUGACACACAGAAUAUUUAUACAAUAACGAUCACAUGUAGAGACGCUACAGGCUCGUCAACAGCAACAUUAACAGUGAAUGUACAACAGAAUACAGCACCUGUAAUCACGAACCUACCAGUUAUUGAAAGUGUCGAACAGACGAUUGCUGUAGGAGCUUAUAUUACAACUAUUACCGUCACAGAUGUAGAAACUGACACUGUUACAUGUGUUAUUGUAUCUCAAACUCCUAAUACUGAAACUUUUAUUUUGCAGUUUAACACACCUAAUUAUGAAGUACAUUUAAACAAGGCCCUAGAUCCUGUGACAUAUACUAUAGACAUCACAUGUUCUGACGACUGGGGAUCGACAACCAAGACUUUGAGUGUUUCUGUAGCACCAAAUCAGCCCCCUAGUUUUACCGGAUUUCCCGCCAGCAUAACGGUGAAUGAGGCCGAUGCCGGUGGCAACAUUAUUUACGCUAUCGGCGUAACAGAUUCUGAUACGUUUACAUGUAGUAUCUCCACAACACCUACCACCCCGACAACCUCUACCUUUCAGAUUGAUACAACAACAAAUAAAAUAAAUUUGGGCAGUGGCCAUGGUUUGGAUUUCGAUACUCAGAACUCGUACACCAUUACCAUUACAUGUGCUGAUGCUACAGGGUCAUCGACGGAACAUUUAACUGUGAACGUACUACAAAACUCUCCGCCGGAUAUAACGAAUCUCCCAGAUUCUGGGUCAUUCACAACUGGGACAACUACUAAAACAAAGCUUCAUGAUCUUACCGUCACUGAUCCUGAAAACGACGUAAUUACCUGUACAAUGAGCAGCACUCCAGUUGGACCAUUUAUCCUUGAAAAGAAUACAGCUUACGAACUUUACGUAAACGCAAACCCUACAUUCUCAGCUUCAACUUAUGCCAUUGAUAUUCAGUGCAGCGAUGCCUAUGGAUCAACAACGGAAACGUAUACGUUAUCUGUUACACCGAAUUCAGAUCCAGUAAUCACCGGCAUGCCACUAACAGUGACAGUUUCCGAAACCGAAACUGCUUCUCGCACGAUACAUACAAUAGCAGUUACAGAUGCAGAAUCCCACACAAUAUCAUGUUCUCUUGUGUCUGUUCCAGCAGGCCCAUUUUCAAUUAACGAUAAUCCUGCAACACCUUUGUAUGAAGUCGUACUGGAUGUGAAUGCUAUAGAUUCGUUAGAUGGCAUCACUACCCCUUCACAUACAGUAACAGUAACGUGUCAAGACACAGCGGGUGGAACAACAACUGGUGUUCUUACCGUUGAUGUUACACCAAACUUGGCACCAACUGUAGAUAAUCUUCCUGAUCACUUUGAAGUAAGUGAGAACCAAGUUGUGGAAUUAGAAAUUUGGAAUCUUGCCUAUACUGACCCGGAAAGUGAUACACCAGUUACAUGUGUAAUUGUUACUGAUCCUGCAGGUGGACCUUUCGAUUUGCGCGAAUCAGGAACGCCGAAUGAUUACAGAUUAUGGGUAACCGCUAAUCCUAAUUUCAACUACAGUGGUGUACCUACACACACAGUGACCUUCACCUGUACUGAUCAUCACAAUGGAAGAACAGGGAGGAGUUCAAGUGGAAUUUUAUUUGUUGAUAUUCUGGAAAACAGACCACCUAUAUUCACAUCUGCUAACUCUCAUACUCAAAAUGCACAAUCAACUCCUGUCAAUACUAAAAUAUUUACGUGUGCUACUACCGAUGCUGAUUCAGAUACCGUUACAUAUAGUAUGACAGUAAACCCUCCAACAAGUAGCUUUACUAUGGAUCCAGUAACUUGUGAUAUCUGGACCACCCAGGAUCUAAAGAAAGAACUGAAUAGUUUUUACACUGUGACAAUAACGGCUGAGGACGGCAAAAUUACCACUAUUCAAGACCUUGGAUUAACACUUACAAAUGUAAAUACAGCACCAGAGAUUACAAAUAUAGGGUUAAAUCAGGCGGUAAAGGUUUAUUUUGAUGAAACAACAGCAACCAAUACAUUGUUGUAUUCACCGGUUGUCUACGAUCCGGAUACAGGACAAACACAGACAAUAACCUACACCGUGUUCCCUACUGGAGAAGUGGGCACAUUUGAUGUUUCUACAAGUGAGAUAAGAUUAAAAAAUGGAAAAACAUUCGAUUAUGAAUAUAUCAAUCUGUACAAACUUACCAUGUAUGUCACUGACAGCUACGCAACAACUGGUCCAUACUAUCUGGAUGUACACAUUAACAAUAUACCAGAAGUAUGUGGAUUUGACAAAACAGUGUAUGAAGCUAGUACAUAUGAGGCAGGGGUAAGUGGAGGAAGAAUGAACAUUGGUUUCACUUUAUCUGAUGAGGAUGAUCCCGAUUACCAUACAUUUUCUUUAGUCACAAAUCCACAUAGUCAGUAUUAUAAAAUUGAUCAAUAUACUGGCGAAAUAUCCUUCAAAACAGACUAUGACAUUGAUACCUGUGGAUUUGUACACCCCAAAAAUGCAACUAUCAUUGUACAAUGCACAGAUCAAUACGGCGAAACUGGGACUGCCACUGUAUCAGUAUAUGUUCAAGAUGUCAACGAUAAUAAACCAAUAUGUAACAAUACUGGUAAUGUUAUGAUAGUAACGCAGUACACAAACCCAGGCGCCUUCAUAGGAAGUAUUGCAGCAUCGGACUGUGACACUGGUGUCAAUGCAGUUUUGGAAUAUAGCGGAGCAUCUGUCACCGGAAGUCCAUACUAUACCGUGACUGCUAAUGGAAACGUUUACUUGACAAAUACAAUAGACUUUGAUUAUGGGACAGAUCAUACUUUCUUGAUCAAAGUAAAAGAUAAUGGCAUUCCUCAAUUAACUGGGACAUGCCAAUUGACAGUUAUAUAUAUAUGGACAACAACAACUACAACUACAACUGUUGCUUCAAAUAUUCCAACCGACUGGUGGGAUAAACCAGAGAACAUAGCACUGGUGGCCAUUUUGUCUCUUUUGGCAUUGUUUCUUCUGGGUCUUUUGCUCUAUUUGUGUUGUCGCCGUGGAUUACCUUGUAGAUCUUGUACAAACCCAUUCAAAUCAUGCAAAAAAUGCUGUAAACCAAGACAGCCAACCAGAAGAAUUGUAACUCCUAAAGAUCCUAAGAAAGAUCCAUUCAAGUUCUUUGAUCAUAAUGACCUGAAUGUCAAAAGAGAUAUGUUUUCAACCAGGGAUCAAGUUUCAGAUGCACCAAUACCGAUGAAGAUGUAAUUUGCAUCAAACCGAUAGUGAACUUUGACACA